AUGGAUACAAACUACUCGAAGGCGUACUUUUGGACUGAUUCGACAAUCGUGUUGCAUUGGAUUUCUACACAUUCGUCGAAAUUAAACACGUUUGUUGGAAAUCGAGUAGCGGAAAUCCAGGAUACGACAAAAGAGGUGGUUUGGAGACAUGUUCCAACACACGACAAUCCUGCAGAUGUAGUUUCGCGAGGAUGCACGGUAGAUGAAAUAAGAAAUUCCAUUUGGAUUGAGGGUCCAUCAUUUCUGGCCAAAGCAGAAGAAGAAUGGCCAUCCACAGCAGAAAUCGUUCUUUCUCCAGAAGAAGUUUCAUUAGAGAAAAGAAAAACAGCGCUGAGCUGUCAACAGCUCAAACCAAACUAUUAUCUCGACCUGAUAGAAAGAGUAAGCUCGUAUACAAAACUUAUACGAAUCUUCGCAUACGUCAAUAGAUAUCUCAAUCUUCGAGUAUGGAGAAUGCCAUUUCCAAGUGAAUACCUGACAGCUUACGAGCUAGAAAACUCGCUUAAAAUUAUCGUUUAUUUAAUACAAAAGAAGUAUUUUUCGCAAGAAAUUGCAGCAAUCAAUGCAAAUAAAUCACUAAAAGGUUCUAUUAAAUCCUUAAGUCCGUUCAUCGAGGAUGAAGAGUUAAGGGGGAUUCGUUUGUUAAGAGUCGGAGGCCGAUUAAAGCAUGCGAAUAUCCCAGAGGAAAGCAAACAUCCACUUUUACUGCCAAAGGAUUGCAAUUUCACCAAAACUCUCGUCAGACAUCUUCAUCACUUAAAUUACCAUGCUGGUCCAAAGGCUCUUGUUGCUUUGUCGAGACAAACCUUUUGGAUUGUUAAUGUUCGUGAGGUAGCACGAUGGGUCGUCCGAAAGUGCCCACACUGUGCCAGGUACAGGCCAAAACUAUUCGAGCAGGUAAUGGGAGAUUUGCCUGCAGCUAGAUUAACCCAAUCUCGCCCAUUUUUAUGUUGCGGGGUGGACUUUUGUGGUCCAAUAUACACUUAUUACAAAAUUCGUGGCAAGGUGCCAUACAAAACAUAUGUGGCUGUCUUUGUUUGUUUUUCGUCAAAAGCAGUCCAUUUAGAAGCUGUGUCUGACCUUUCAGCGGAUGCCUUUAUAGCUGCCUUAAAAAGGAUGAUAGGUCGUAGAGGUCUCCCUAAAACCAUUCAUUGUGACAAUGCCACAAAUUUUGUUGGCGCGCAGUCAAAAUUAAAAGAACUGCGCGAUAUGUUGUUCAAACGUUCUAUUCAAGAAAAUAUUAUAAAUUUCUGUUCUAAUGCUUCCAUAAACUUUCAUUUUAUACCCCCCAGGGCACCUAAUUUCGGUGGAAUUUGGGAAGCGGCCGUAAAAACAGCAAAAGGCCAUCUUUAUCGCAGUCUCGGCGGUGCAAAACUGAACUUUGAAGAGCUGACAACGGCACUGGUAGAGAUCGAGGCCAUAAUGAACUCCAGGCCAAUUACUCCAAUGUCUCCUGAUCCCAACGAUCUGGAAGCGUUAACGCCAGCUCAUUUCCUAGUUGGGUCUUCUCUCAGAGCGAUUCCGGAACCAAGUCACGAAGUGUCUGACAUAAGCCAUCUGGAAAGGUGGCGUCGAAUCAAUGCCGUAAAAACCCACUUCUGGAAGCGGUGGUCAUCGGAAUACGUCCUAGAACUCCAAAAUCGUGCCAAAUGGACAACUUCAACUCCAAACCUCGAAAUUGGUAGUCUCGUCAUAAUCCAUGAAGAUAACUUGCCACCCCAAAAGUGGCUUAUGGGAAAAGUCGUAAAACUAAUCAAGGGUCCUGAUGGUCAUGUACGUGUAGCCGAUGUUAAAACGUCACGAGGAGAGUUUCGAAGGCCAAUUCGAAAACUAGCAGCGAUACCGUCUUAA